GGAAGAGAAUGGAGGCGGCCCAUACAGUCUUAAGCAAUGCUGGGCAGCAGUUGGGUAAGGAGUAUCGACUACUCCGCGGCGUCGGCGGCGAGGUCGCUAAGCUACGGGAAGAUCUGGCCACCAUGAACGCCCUCCUCCGCAUGCAGUCCGAGGCCGAGGACGACGGCGCCGUGGACCACUUCGUCCGGGAGUGGAUGAAGCAGUUGCGCGAGCUCGCCUACGAUACCGAGGACAGCGUUGACUUAUACAAGCUCCGCAUCAAGUCCAGGCCGAACGACGGCGUGCGCGCCUGGUUGGAACACCUGCUUGGGACGCUCUCUCGGCGCCGUCGCCUCGCCUCUGAAAUCAGCGCCCUCCGCGCUCGCGCCAACGACAUCAAAGUGCGCCACGAGUGGUACGGCGUCAACCGCGACGCGCUGCGCUUCUCCCCUUAUUUAUAUACCCCUCCGGCUCCGGUGCUGGCGGCGUCCGCGUCUGCGUAUGCUUUCCGCCCAGCCGACUACCCUGCUGCUAACCACCACCAGGUCGUCGGCAUCGAGGAACAGGUGGACACCUUGGUCGAAAGGCUGAAGGCGAGGGUCGGCGAAGAGAGCUAUCUCAAGGUGUUCUCAAUCGUGGGGUUUGGGGGCCUCGGCAAGACUACGCUGGCCAUAGAGGUGUGCCGGCGGCUGGAGGCGGAGUUCCCGUACCAGGCGAUGGUGUCGGUGUCUCAAGCGUUCGAGCCCGGCAGGGACCUCAAGGCGCUGCUCAAGCGCGUGCUUCAGCAGGUCGCCAAGCCCAAAACAGAGAAUGAGAGAGGCAUCAAGGAAGAGUGGGCCCUGGGAGAAAUCGACGGCCUGGAUGACCAACAUCUGGCCGACCAGCUCAAGGAGAUUAUCGAGGACAAAAGGUACCUCAUUGUGAUCGACGAUGUACCGACAACACAAGCAUGGGACGCAAUCCAAUAUGUGUUGCCAGAGAACAAUUGUGGCAGCAGAAUCAUCGUGACCACUCGGAUAGAAAUGGUGGCCAAAUCAUGCAGUCCUGCCAGUGUUAGUGGACACUACAUCCAUCAAAUGGAGCCCCUCAAGUUGGAAGAUUCUACGAAGUUGUUCCUCAGCAGAGCAUUUGGCUCCGUGGAUACCUCUUACCCUAAGGAGCUUGAAGGUGUAAUGGGCAAUAUUUUGAAAAAAUGUGGUGGGCUUCCAUUGGCCAUUGUUAGCAUUGCGAGCAUUUUGGCGGGCCAUAGAUCAUCGAAAAGCAAAGAUAAGUGGGAUACAGUAUGCAAAUCAAUUGGUUCUCAGAUGGAGAGCAACCCUACCCUUAUGUGGAUGAGGCACAUAAUCACACUCAGCUACAACCACCUGCCUCAUGAGCUCAAGGGUUUCAUGAUGUACCUUAGUAUCUUCCCGGAGGAUUAUGAGAUCAGAAAGGAUCGACUCUUGAGAAGAUGGAUCGCCGAAGGGUUGGUUCUGGAGAAGCGAGGGAUGACCCUAAUGGAGGUUGCAGAAUCCUACUUUGAUGAGCUAGUGAGCAGGAACAUGGUUGAACCACAUUUCGGCUAUAAUGAUAUGGUGGAGUCGUGUCGGGUGCACCUCAUGCUUCUUGAUGUCAUGGUGUCCAAGUCGCUGGAGUCUAACUUCGUCAACCUACUAGGAGGGCAAUAUGCAGCCAUGUCAUAUGACAGGAUCCGUCGCCUCUCCAUCCAGGGGGAUGACGACAGGAGGCCCCAGGGUGCAGACCGGCACAAGAAGAAGAUGGCUGGACAUGGCAUUGAAGGAAUGGAUGUGGAGCAUGUUCGAUCAUUGAGCAUGUUUCAGCUCCAGACGAACAAGCUACUCGAUCAUCUAUACAAGUUCUCACUCCUGAGGGUACUUGACCUGGAAGAUUGUGAGGGCCUAACAAACCAUCAUAUGAGAUAUGUUUGCAGGUUGUACCUACUCAGGUUCUUGAGCGUGAAGGGUACAAAUAUCAGCAAGAUGCCUCGUCAAGUUGGAAACCUAGAGCACUUGCAGACUCUUGAUGCAAGGCUCACAUGCCUUGAUGGGCUACCUGAAACUAUGACCAACUUGGAGAAACUUGAGCGCAUAGAGUUCAAACACAAGAAACGAUGGGACGUUAUGUGGAAUCUGCCCCGGGGGCUCAGCAAGAUGAAGGCACUACGCGAGGUCGGUUUUGCAUUACUCAGAAAUGAUGUCCAAGUUGUCCAAGAACUGGGUGAACUAAAACAACUUCAAUAUAUUGGUAUGUCCAUUGAAGACUGCCAGGAUAAUGCCGCGGUUCUCCAACAGCUUGGCCUCUCCUUGAGUAAGAUGUACUCCCUCCGGAGACUCGGCAUAUCGAAUCGGAAUUCAAAUGGAAAGAUGACCUUUCUCUAUAACCUCCCCACGUGGCCACGACUCCUCCGAUACCUUAGGAUCGAGGGGGUCCUCGAUAGUGGGUUGCCUAGCUGGAUCGGGUCACUCACAUACCUUGUUGAGUUCAGAAUCAUGCGUGCAAGGCUUGUUGAUGACCAACUAUUUGGCGUCCUGUGUAAGUUGCCCAACCUGAAGAGCAUCUGGAUGCAGUGGAAAUGCUACAACGACGAAGUCUUAGUUGUGCGCAAAAACCACAGCUUCCCGGUGCUCAGCAACCUGAAAGUGACCGCAGAAAUGCCCAAAGUUCUUCGAUUUGAACAAGGAUCCAUGGCACAGCUUGAGACACUUGAAAUGAAAUUCAAAAAUGCGCAGCGGAGCAUUGUCGGCAUCGAGCACUUGGCCAAGCUGAAAGAGGUACGUCUCUCAGGUAACAAGGACAACCCUUCACUACACCGUGCACUGGAUCAGCUGAAGGCUGAGAACAUGAGGCGCACCCAGCGGUUCCAAGUUGUGGUGAAAUACGAGUGAUUGCUCAGUUGCUGCUCUCUUUGUUCCAGACAUCAAAAUUAAUUCCCAACUUGUGUUUUUCCUUUCGUCCAAUGUACUUCCCAAAUCCAAUUCCCAUUUACUAGUUCGAGUCAUGUUGUAUACUUACUGUCGGAGAUUCCGUUUGAAAAUAAAGUAUUUGUUUGCGGAUACGGCUCCUACUUGUUCAGAGUGAAGGGGUUGUAACACCUGUUCGUGAUACUGACAAGGGGAAGCAAUAAUAAGAGCAAGCACACCAAUGAAUGUCAAACCAACAUUUUUAUCAAAACUGGCAUUUCUGAAAAAGAUCCUCAUUGGACAUUGGCAUUAGCUGAUACGAUUUUUGGUGAAAUUUUUUAUAGCAUUCA